AUGAAACUUCUAGAGGCGAAUAAAAGAAGAAAGACCAUCAAGGGAAUAAUUCUCCAAUCACUCAGAAGUUCACUUGAAGCACCCCAGCUAGUUCCCUUCACAGAAACAGGGACAUCAUCAUCAGGCAUCCAAGCAUCUCAGAUAGCCACUCUUAUUGAGCAGAAUGCCAAGCUAAUUGAGCAGAACUUCAUGCUUAUUGAGGAUAAAGGGGAGAUUCAGUCUCUUUUGAGGCGGGAGAGGAAGUCUAGACGCCACCUCUUGGGGGCAGUCCACAUGAUAAUGAGAAAAAUGCAUAUGGACCCAGGCGAGAUAGAGGAAAUGUUCCCUCUUUCACCCUCAUUAGUUGGCAACUAG